GAUGCAGUUGAUAAACAUGUCUGUGGAGAGCGAGCAAAGCCGGAGACAGAGAAAAGGUUGCGACAGAGCGGAUCCAACGUGCUGAGAAAGCUGUUGCUCCAGGAGCCACGUUGUCAUCCAUCACGUCUGUUUUUCCAGGAGAAGUCGUGUCUAUACGAUCAUUGUGCAACAUACUGACAGAUGAAGAGACUUCUCGAAACCAAAUCUUAGUGAAAUAAGAAGAUUUCGGGUAUUUUGUUUUGCCAAAUUAAGGUCCUCCGGAGAAACAACAGUUGCCAUGGAAACUGUUUUGCUCUUCCUCUCUUCACUUCUGGUGUGUGUAGCUGCUGAAUCAGCAGACACCAGUGUAAUAGAGGAGAAUUCAGUGGAUGAAAAUCCUUUCAUUUAUGACUAUGAGAGUUUGAGAAUUGGGGGAUUGGCGUUUGCUGUGGUGCUGUUUAUGCUGGGCAUCCUUUUAAUCCUCAGUCGGCGAUGCCGCUGUGGUGGAAAACAGAAGCCCAGGGCCCCCGGAGCUGAGGAAGCACAAGUCGAGAACCUUAUUGUCUCCAAGGCUGCAACGGCUGCUAAAGAGACUCCAGCAGAGAACUGACAUGACAGUAACACACUUCAAAAGGAAACAACAAAAAUAUGAUAAAAGAUGUGAGGAUUAUUCUAAUUACUUGCAUGGGAGUGUAAGGAUGGGGUGUAUACGUUUAAAAAUGUAACAUGUAAAUAAAUCGUUUGCCAAUUGUUUUUUUUUAGCAGUCCUUCAGAGCUUUUGUCACUUGCUGUGCCUUUUCUGUGGUGGUCUUUUAAUGGAGUUUGUUGUGGCACCUUUGAAACAAGUUUGUCGUAUAAAUCCUUAAGGCAUUUUUAAUGUUGUGUGUUCUGCUGUUCUGAUUGACUUUAGGUUUUAGGAUUUGUGAAUCUGUUGCUUGUCUUGUCAACCAUUCUGAGAAAAAUCUGUCAUAUUUAGGUCCUAAAAUAUAUGUAUAUAGACAGUAUUUCAAAAUAAAUACAUUACAAAUGAGAUAUUUAGUCAAAUAUCCUAAAUUAUGUCAGUGGUUGAACGGUUAGGCGUGUUUGGGUGCACGUGUUUACAGGGCUGGAUAGGAUGAUGUGGGCCACAGGGCUAGGGCCAGUUUUGGAUUUCCUACCCACACAAGUUUUUUACACAUAGAAAUUAAAGUAGAUUGAUAGUUAGGUACACAUCAAGAUAUUAUGCCUUGUCCACAUGACUAAUGAUCUUUAUGUAUGACUAAAAAGCACCUAAUAGUUUUCCAGAAAUUAGUGAUGUUAAGAUUACUUGGUUUGUACCAAAUCAUAGACACAGGUGUGUCUUAGAAGACAGCACGGCAGCUGUGACUAGAUGCAGUUUUUGGAUAAAAUCUAGAGGCAUCUGUUCGGAGUGACAUUUGAUCUAUUCUGUAGUAGAGAAAUAUUAUUUUGCCUAGGAUGACUCUUAGUGUUUUAGAAGAGAACUGCAUGGAGUGUGCUGAAAAUAAACAUUGUUUUUAAACAUGUUUUUAUGAGCUAAUUAGUCAAAAUCAGUUCAAUUCAACUUAAUCAUGUGGAUCAGUAACCAUUUCUAAAGAAACAACUUAUUUUAUUGUAUGGGGAUUAAAUGCAAGGUUGACCAGUGUAAAUGUUAUUUUGUUCAACAUUUUUUUCUGUUCUUUCUUUUUUUAUAAUUCACUAAACAGCAAAGUUGCUUUGCUGUUAUAAUUGUCAUGUUUUUAACCGUGAGACUAGGUUUUGCUGGUGAAAGUCAC